AUGUCUGCGCGGCGAGCGUUGUCGCGAUUCGAUAGAGUUAAUCAAUGGUUACAAUUUGCUCGCCAAUGGCAUUUAGUUGACGCAAAUCAUCAGGAUGCUUUUUUGCUCGGAAAACAUGUUGCAAAACAUCUAUCCGGACAGCACAAGCCCAUAUGGCAUCCAGAGACUGAUUGCGGAGAUCAUGUGGUAGUCGUAAACUGCCGACAUGUAGCUAUGCACGGCUUUGAUUGGAAACAUACUUUAUUUCACUUUAAUAAGGAAUAUCCAAGAUCAAAAGCUGACAUUCCUGCUUGGCAAAUUCAUGAAUACGACCCAUGUCGUAUUGUAUUUAUGGCUGUUUAUAAGGCAUUGGGGCAUAAUUUAAUACGACGUACCCACAUCCAACGACUACAUCUUUUUCCUGGUACAGACAUGCCAGAUUUUCCAGGUGGGUUAACGGUGACUAUUAAAACGUUGUUGAAUGUUACGACUUGCAUACGAACCACUUUUCAGUUAGAGCAAGUUCAGCGAGUACCCAAGCGAAGUGAC